GUUUCUCUAAAAUCUGAGCCGGUUUUUAGGAAGAUUCGGCGUUUUGUCGACCCUACAACGACAGAAACACACAGAAAUGGCUGAGAGAAGCUGUGAGAUUCCUGUGGACAAACUGCCAACAGACAAACCGCAUAAAUGUGACCAGUGUGACUAUUCUGCUGCACGGAAAUUCCAUUUAGACCAACACAUGGUUAAACACACUGGAGAAAAACCCUACAAAUGUGACCUGUGCGAUCAUGCUACUGCAUGGAAAAGCAAUCUAAACCAACACAUGGAUACACACACUGGGGAAAAACCCUACAAAUGUGACCAGUGCGACUUUUCUACAGCAUGGAGACUCAGUUUAGCCGAACACAAGGCUAAACACACUGGAGACAAACCCUACAUGUGUGAGGAGUGUGGAUUCAGGACGGCUGACAGAGGUAACCUAUCAGUACAUAUGAGAAAACAUACUGGGGAAAGGCCAUAUAAAUGUGACCAGUGUGACUAUUCUGCUUCACAGAAAGGCAAUUUGGACCGACACAUGGCUAGACACACUGGAGACAAACCCUACAUGUGUGGGGAGUGUGGAUUCAGGAUGGCUGACAGGUCCCACCUAUCCAGACAUAUGAGAACCCACACUGGUGAGAAACCCUACAAAUGUGACCAGUGUGACUAUUCUGCUGCACGGAAGGAUGAUUUAAACCAACACAUGGCUAAACACACUGGAGACAAAUCAUAUAGAUGUGACCAGUGCAACUUUGCUGCCACACAGAAAAGCAUUCUAAGCCAACACAUGUCUAAACACACCGGGCCAAAACCAUACAAAUGUGACCAGUGUGACUAUUCUUCUGGACAUAAAGGCCAUUUGGACCAACAUAUUAUUGCUAGACACACUGGAGACAAACCCUACAUGUGUGGGGAGUGUGGAUACAGGACAGCUUACAGGUCUGCUCUAGCCAUACAUAUGAGAACCCAUACUGGUGAGAAACCCUACAAAUGUGACCAGUGUGACUUUUCUACUACAACAAAAGGCCAUUUGGACCGACACAUGGCUAAACACAAUAGAGAAUAAACCUACAUGUGUGGGGAGUGUGGAUACAGGACAG